AUGGAUAUAGAUAAAGGAAGUGACACGGGUCCAAGAGUGACUAUAAGACAUACGGAUAAAGAGCAUGUUGAUUUUAUAUUGAAGGAUGUCGAUUUAGCGAUGGCAAAUUCUAUGAGAAGAACGAUGUUGGCAGAAGUGCCUACAUUAGCUAUAGACCUUGUUGAAAUCGAGGUGAAUACGUCAGUGUUAGCAGAUGAAUUCAUUUCGCAUAGAUUGGGGUUAAUACCAUUGAAUAGUGAAGGUAUCGACAAUUUAUCGUAUUCUAGGGACUGUACCUGUGAUCAGUACUGUGCUAAUUGUUCGGUGAAGUUAGAACUAACUGCUAAGUGUGAUACAGAUUCGACCAUGAGCGUAUAUUCGUCUGAUUUGGCUAAGUUUCAUAAUGGUUCGAAAUUGGGGGACCCUGUGGCUCGUGAUAAUCAUCGUAAGGGACCACUUAUUUGUAAAUUAAGAAAGCAUCAGGAAUUAAGAAUAACUUGUAUUGCCAAGAAGGGUAUUGCUAAGGAACAUGCCAAAUGGUCGCCUUGUGGUGCCAUAGGAUUUGAAUACGACCCUUGGAACAAGUUGAAACAUACAGACUACUGGUACGAAGAUGAUGCGGAUGAAGAAUGGCCAAAAUCGGCUAACUGUGACUGGGAAGAAGCUCCUGAUGCAGACGCUCCGUUUGACUAUAAGGCAAAGCCAUCGACCUUCUAUAUGGAUGUUGAAACAGUUGGCAAUUUACCUCCUAACGAAGUUAUUUUAAAGGGUAUCGAGACUUUACAAUUGAAGCUUGCGGGUAUUUCGAUGGAAUUAAAUAAAGACAGUAUAGAAGCCAGCAAUGCUGCUGCCGGGGGUUUUACGACAUACGGUAGAUCGCCUGGAGGAAAUUCUCCAGGAAUGGGUAACUCUCCUUAUGGCGGGGAUAGUGGCUUUGGUAAUUCUACAUGGGGUUAA